AUGUUUUAUGCGGCUCGAUGCCAUUUUCGCAGUCAAUGGCAUCAAGGCACAGCCGAUGAUGCAUGCUGUCCUGCUGGAUGCUUCCCAGUUGAAGUGCGUCAUCUAGUCGCCGAGUCAUCCUCCAGGCCGCGACCCUUCGACGGCCUUUGCGCUGCGGUGCUCGCCUGCUACGGUGAAACCUACUGCCCGCUUACGGGUAGCCGCGAGUUACAGGUGUCUCCUCCGCCCCAGCGAGCGGUACCAAGCGGUCCGCAGCCUUCCAUUGACCAUUACCUUGAUAUCAAGGCUACGACUACUUCUACCUCUGAUCCGGUCGCAGGAACAUCGAAUCCUGCACCUGACCACGACCAAGAGGUAGAAGACGCCCCCACUGCGACUGACCCCCCCUCCGAGAAGUGCAUUCCCUCAGAGCCCGCGUACGCAGCUACGUCACACUUGCCUGCCAUCUGCACAUCUUCCGCGAUAUCGACGGCACGCGACACCAUGGACCCACCCGACUUCACGACAGCUACCUUGCCGCACACCUCAGAGUCUAGCGCAGACAACCUUGCACCCGCUGUUCAUCUCUCGGUAGCAGAACCUUCAGUAUCCCUGAUGUCGGAGGGCGACUCUCUACCAACCCCUACGCUCUGCGUGUCCUGCCAGCAGCGACCAGCAUGGCCCUCACAGUUUGCCGCAGCCGAAGUUGAAGCCAACAGCCAUCAAGCGUGGCCAAACUUCCGAGACGCUGCGACUAUGACCGACGCUCCUAAGGACGACAUGCCUGGUCCGCCAAUGACACAACAGACUGCACCUUGUGUACCACUCACACAGGCGGACAACCACCAGGCUGCCUCGACGAACACGGGUACGCCAGCCGACCUUCUGAUAGAGCCCCCGCCUACUUGGUCUCACGACCGCCCUCCGGUGUCCUUGAAGGGUGACACGACCUCGCAACAAUCCACCUUGAAUUCAGACGUGCCCCUUGCCACAGCCCGGGCGUCCUCUAUGGCGGUGGCGCAUCGGCCGACCAGUCGCUGUGGACCUGCUUGCCUGCCGUGA